UAGCCGGGCAUGGACACAGUGCUGCCAUUUUUAUAAUAAUCACCACAAGUUAAAAAGUGGAAUUAGGAAAAAAUAGAAACGGUGCAGUCUUUAAAUAAACCUCAACGCCUGCCAUAAAUUCACCAUGCUAACGUUAAACAAAACAAUUGCUAUACUAUCUGUGGCAGUUAUAAGUGGACUCAGUGCCGAACGAUGCGCUCGGACGAAAAUCGGCAGCGAAUUCUACAAACGUCAACUGAUAGCCACUAUAGACGGUUACGCCACUGGAAUCACGAUCGAUCCCAGAACGGAGAACCUAUUCUUCAUCCUGCAUAAACGGAAUUACACAAAAGGUAUCUAUCUUCUAACACACGGUUCUCUGGGCAUCAAAGAACUACCAGUGCCAGACGAAAUAAUCGGACAAUGUGUCGGCGUGGAUUCAGCUGCCAACACAAUCUACAUUGGCACUAACCAAGGAUUAAUCACGUACGAUUAUUCAAGAACAGAAAUAAGCGCUGAAAGACCUAUAGGGGACGAUGAUGUUAGAAGUAUAUUCAUAGAUAAAUCAGACAACCAAAUGUAUAUCACAACUGGUGCUAAUCAUGAAAUAUUUAGAUUCGUCAACGGAUCGGCUGCUGUGCAACGCUACGAGAAAAUUCCCAAGGCGUAUAGUUUCGUUUUGGACAAAAAAGGCAACGCUUUUUACGAAUACGUCGAUGGUAGAUUGUACUUUUUCUCUACCGACUUCUAUGAACCGGUUCAAUACAAAGGGUUUACGAGGGAGCUGAAAUUUAUAUUACGGUUAAAUAAUCACGACGAAGCUAUAGUAGCAGUUAAAGGAUCGCUGUUUAGACUGACCACUCAAAGUAUUUUGCCUGUUAAAAUCGGUCAGUUAGGCUUUAAAAUAACUGGAAUGGCUUUUGAUAAUAGAAACAACGUGAUAGUUAGUACUAAAGGUAAAAUUUAUAGAUAUAAACCGGUAGAUUCAAAUGACCCUUGCCCCCCGGAUGAUUAUUUUAUGACCAGUAUUUAAUGAUUUUAUGUCGUUUUAAUAGAUAAGAACGUGUGGGAUGGAAUAAAGA